AUGGCACAGCUCUUGUCUUUUCGAGCAUUCAUCGGCUUUGUUUCCAUUGCUGUCGCCUUGGUUGCUUUGCUCGGUGCAUCACCACUUAAAGCAUUCUCAUCAACGUUACAGAGAGCAGGCCUCAAUUGGUUGAACCAACUCGAGAACACCACAGUCCCAUUAACGAAGAGACCCAAUACAAAGACACCAGUCUACUUCUUUAGUCAUGGUGGUCCCGAUGUUCAAUACAACACGAAGCACCCUGUCUAUCCAGUACUUCAGCAGAUUGGCAAAGAAAUUACACACAAGGUUAAGCCAAAGGCUGUAGUUGUCUUUUCAGCUCAUUGGAUGGGUGAGGAGAGCACCAUCCAUGUCAACAAUGCGAUUGAUACUGACCUUAUAUACGACUUCUAUGGCUUCCCUGAUCAUUUCUACAAGGCCAAGUACCCAAAUGAGGGAAGCCCCGAACUUGCAAGCAAGAUCAUGGUGAUGCUCUCAGAGGUUGGGAUCCAAUCAUAUGGAAUGAAGCGCGGCCUUGACCAUGGUGUAUUCUCUGGCUUCCACGUUGCCUUCAACCCGGAAACAAAUCCCCUGAACGUUCCUUUGGUACAAGUCUCCUUGUUCAAAAGCGAGGACCCCCAUGCUCAUUAUGCCCUUGGCCGUGCUGUUUCUGCACUUCGGGACGAAGGAAUAGUCAUCAUUGGUGCUGGAAUGUCGGUACACAACUUGCGUGACAUGCAUCAUAUGUUUGAGGGUAACACAGAGCCACUCCCGUACGUUGUGAGUUUCGACAACGCCCUCAAAGAAGCCGUGGAGGCCGACCCUGCUGUCCGCGAGGAAAAGAUGGCCUCGAUCUGUAAGCGAGGAGAUGCGAAGCAAGCACACCCAUUUAUGGAUCAUCUCAUGCCUGCUUUCAUCACUGCGGGCGCUGCGGGUGAGGACCGAGGAACACAGACAUGGACUUUGCAUGAGGGUAGUUUCGGUUGGUCGCAGUUUCGGUUUGGCGAUGUUCCUUCAUCUUAG